CGAAUGCGGAACCGUAAGACAGGCAACCACGGCGACGUGCUUUUAAGGCGGAAUUUUCGGCUCGCCUUUGAGGAAUAUUGUGUGUUUUUUUGUUUUGUUUUGUUUUUUUUAAUACUCUACGUUGGCAACAUGAGAGUGAGUGAAGUCCACGCUGCAGAGUCUGUUGCCUACCUCAACAGUGCUCUUGUCCGGUUGCAGGAUAUUUGGGAAAAAAUAGGAAUCCCGGAGGAACAACGCCUUGAGAGGACACAGGAUGUACACAAGCACAUACAAGGUUUGCUGGACAUGAUGAUAGCCGAGGAAGAGGCGCUCAAAAAGAGAUUGCUGAACAGCAUAGAAUCCUGCCGCAAAGACCUUAAUCAUCUGUGCAGUGAACUUCAGCUGCCCAUCUUUGAGGAGGAGGAGGGUUGCAGCAUGUUGCAGAUGGAGAAGAACAGCCAAAUGCGUCUGAAGGUGAUGAAGGAGCAGAAGAAGCAACGAAUGGAUGAGCUGAAGGAUCUGGUUGUGAAAGACCGUGAGCUUUGUGACAUCAUGUGCACCAAACCUUUUAGCAUUAAUCACGAGUCAGUCCCAUCAUUGAAGCAACUAGAGACAUAUCGCACCUAUCUGGACGACCUCACAGAAGAGAAGGUCAGGCGUCAUGACCAGUUUGCGAGUGUAAAGAAGGAGAUCAUGGUGUGCAUGGAUGAUCUGGAGCAUCAGCCCGAGACCAGUUUUGAGACGGAUGUGAUGUGCGAGGAUGAGGAGGCCUUCUGUCUCUCAAAGGACAAUAUUGAAGCACUUAAACAACUCCUCAGACAGUUGCAACAGCGCAAGGCUAAGAAUGAGGCUUGCAGCACGGCACUCCGCAACAAGAUCCAGGAACUGUGGGAAAGGCUGAAAAUCCCUCAGGAGGAGAGGGCGAGCUUCUCCGAACACAUGGUCAAGUCAAAGAAGAGGAACAUUGAGGCACUACAGGCUGAACUCCAGCGUCUUGAGCUCCUGAAGAUCCAGAGCAUGAAAAGUGUGAUUGAGUCCAUCAGAGCUGAAAUCUCUCUCUACUGGAUGCGAUGCUUCUACAGCCAAGAACAGCGCCAGGAUUUUGUUCAUUAUCAAGAUGAGGAUUUCACCGAGGAUCUUCUCAACCUGCAUGAGGCUGAAGUGGAAACUCUGAAGAGUUAUUACGAGGACCAUAAGGAGCUGUUUGAAGGCGUGACAAAAUGGCAGGAGAAUUGGGCCUUGUAUUUGGAGCUGGAUAGGAAAGCUAACGACCCCUCGAGGCUCAACAAUAGAGGCGGGAACCUUCUAAAAGAGGCCAAGCAGAGAAGUGAUCUGCACAAAAGUUUGCCCAAGCUUGAAAAAGCUCUAAAGGGCCAAAUCGAUGCUUGGGAGCAGGAGCAUGGCAAAGACUUCUUUGUGAAUGGACAGAAGUUUUUGGACUAUGUGCAGCAGCAGUGGGAGCAGUACCAUGUUGAGAAGGAGAAAGAGAAAAUGGAAAGGCAACUGAAGAAGAGCAAGCAGACUCAGGAGGACAUGUUGUACAGGACUGCAGUGAAGACACCGUCCAAAAGGAGGCUUGCUGGAAACCCUACACCAGGCAAACUAAGAAAGAUGGGCCCGUUGACAAUGUCCACACCCGGCACCUUCGUCAGUUCAGGCCUCGGAGCUACCUUGUGUCAGUCUUCAAUCCAGAAACCUCCACUGUCUGCCAGCAAGAGUCUUGGCCUGCGAACCCCUGGACACUCAAAGACUCCACGUGCACAGGAGGGGAACAAGGAAAAUCUGUCCCAACUGAACAGGAACCCUCCAUGUGACGCACUCAGGUGUCAGGACACUCAAGAUCACACCUUUACCUUUAACGCUGUUGCUGGCUCCUAUUUGGAAUUUGCGAGGGACCUCACAAAGGCUUCUAAAUCGACUGUGAAGCCGGGACUGCUCAACUCCACGGUCACUCAUCAGUGACCCAAGUCCAGCAGCUAAGUGGUUGGUUAGUGUGGCGUUACCCCAAAAAAUGUAAAUAAUUUACUCUGUUUGAACAUAUUGACUACCGAGACUUAUUACAGUGUCACUUCAGUCGCACUUCUGUAUUUUUGUAGAAAGUAAAUGUUUUUUUUUUAUUAUUAUUUUUCAUUUCAAGGUUGACCACCAUCUUACUGAAAUGUGGUAUUUGUCAGUACACUUUUUUUGUCUAAAUCUUGUUUCUCUUCAGAAACACAAUGCUUUCUUUUUUUUAAUCAACCUAUAAAUAAAUGUCUGAACAAAACGUUCAUGCUUUGUGGAGUCAAACGUUUUUUUCAAUGUCCUUUUUAUUUUUCAGCAUCGAACGU